AUGACUUUAAAUAAGACUGAUAUUUACUUUGAAAAUAUGUUUCUCUGCUAUCCACUCCUGCCAGACUCUUGUCCGAAACUGCAUCGUCUUACUGUUGUUAAAGUGGCGAUAUAUAUUUUAAUGGUGCUGAUGAUCCUCACAACAGUUUUUGGGAACCUGCUGAUCAUCAUCUCCAUCUCUCACUUCAAACAGCUUCAGUCUCCAACUCAUCUGAUCGUUCGCUCUCUGGCUUCCAGCGACUGUCUGCUGGGCUCUUUGGUCAUGCCGUACAGCAUGGUGCGAUCUGUUGAAGGCUGCUGGUAUCUGGGAGAUUUUGUGUGUAAAGUACAUUCUAGUUUAGACAUGAGCUUCUGUAUCUCCUCAAUACUGCAUCUCAGUUUAAUAUCUGUUGACAGGUACAUGGCCAUUUGUGACCCUCUAAGAUACAGAAUGAGGGUCACAAACAACACUGUGACUGUAUUUAUUACAUUCAUAUGGCUGUUUUCAAUUCUUUACAGCUUUUUUAUUGUGUUUUCAGGUGUAAACAAAAUUGGCUUGGAGUCGUUCAUCUUGCAGGUUUACUGUGUGGGAAGUUGUGUUUUGUUUUUUAACAAACAGUGGGGUAUUAUAUGUCCAAUUCUCACAUUUUUCCUUCCCGGGACGAUCAUGAGUUCUCUGUAUAUGAAAAUCUUUUAUGUUGCGCAAAAACAUGCAAAGAUAAUGUCAGAAAGAGUGACUGUGAUGGCAGCAAGAGGGUUGAAGAGCCAAAGCUCUGUUCACAGAGAGAGAAAAGCAGCUAAAACUCUGGCCAUUGUCAUGGGUGUUUUUUUGUUCUGCUGGCUGCCUAUUUUUAUUUCUACUAUCAUCGACUCUUUUCUUAAUUUUGUGACUCCAGCCAGUGUCUUUGAUGCUUUGGUUUGGUUUGGAUAUUUUAACUCCACUUGUAACCCAUUGAUCUAUGGUUUUUUCUACUCUCGCUUUCAGAAGGCCUUCAAAAUACUCAUAUCGUCCUGUAUUUAUGGCUUCAUUGACUCAAGCACCUUCACUUUUGAAUAAAUGUCAUUUUUAUAGCAGGUUAUCAUG